AUAACACUUACAGAUACGCCUUGGCGGGGCGGCCUGCCCCACACCUAUAUUCACUUAACCACUCCAAAUGAAGAAUGACCUAAUCUUGGUCCACCCAGACUACUAGAAUGACCACUAUGAGAUGCUAGUGUUCAGUCCUAGCUGUGUGAUAUUAAUUUGUAUCAACUCUAGUUUUGAUAAUCUUUGAAGCAGACGAUAUGGUCUCUUGGUCUUUUUUUUAUUUAAACGACUAGUUCGGUGCGCUAGAAGUCCCUAUGCUCUAAUACUCGGAAGUCUUGGAGUGCUGGAGGCGGGCUUUAACUGCAGCCGCCUUUUCGUUGCUACGAGACUUCAAUCAGGUCGUCUUUGUGCAGAUAUAUGCGUGCUAUUAGGUAGCUGCAGUUCAUAAUUUCUCACGAAGAAUUUGUAUCCUCUUUGUUGAAAAAAUGAGUGGGCGAGGAAAAGGCGGGAAAGGUCUCGGGAAAGGAGGCGCCAAGCGUCAUCGCAAAGUUCUCCGUGACAACAUCCAAGGUAUUACUAAGCCAGCGAUUCGUCGUUUGGCUCGCCGUGGUGGAGUCAAGCGUAUCUCAGGUCUCAUCUACGAAGAGACCCGAGGAGUGCUUAAGGUGUUUCUGGAGAACGUCAUUCGUGAUGCCGUCACCUACACUGAGCACGCCAAGAGAAAGACCGUCACCGCUAUGGAUGUGGUUUACGCUCUGAAGCGUCAGGGUCGCACUCUGUACGGCUUCGGUGGGUAAAUCUGUCUCAUUUGGAAAUCCGUUUUGCAUCUGCCCAAAGGCUCUUUUAAGAGCCGCCCAUAUUUUCUGUUAAAAGCAGCCAUUCCUCGUUAAUGUCAAGCGUAAUCUUUUAUUAAGAACCGUCAUGUUGACCUUGCAAGGGCAGUGCCCAUUACUUGAGCCGUAUGCUGCGAAAUUAAAGGUUCUAUGCGCAUGGAGGGAAUUCACUAACAUACUUUUUCUUCAAGUUCUGCUAAUUUGACGACUGCGAUUUUAAACCGCACCGGUCUCUCCCCCGAAGAC